CAGAGCCACCUGGCUGACUGUCCUGCACGUAUUCCAUGGCUGUUGAAGAAUUCCAGCCAUGUCGCUACGCGGUGGGCGUGCGGGGGGCGAGGCGUGACUCUGGGCCGAGCAGGGCACAUAAGCAGUGAAAGUCCGGGGUGGUUUCUGAGGAGAGGAGAGCAGAAGGAGCAUCGCUCUGAGGAGAAGGAGUCCUGAGGGAAGUCGUGCACCUCCGACAGACUAAAAGUCACAUUGUUACUGGACUCACACCACAAUGUCGAUCCUUUGGUCUCUCCCGUCCCGCCUGGUUGUAUUAUCGUGUAUAUGGAGUCUGUGCCUUGCUCAGUUCGAGUACCUGGGUUACCCUCCUGGUUAUCCUGAACCUGUGGAGGAUCAGUACACCGCGCCACAGAUUCCAGCUGACGUACCCAGGAUCCAGCUGCGCCUGGCCGGUGAGAAGCGAAAACACAACGAGGGCCGAUUGGAGGUCUUGUAUGAAGGGGAGUGGGGGACCGUUUGUGAUGAUGAUUUCAACAUCCACGCCGCUCAGGUGGUGUGCAGGGAGCUGGGCUACUCCGAGGCGGUUUCCUGGGCCCCUUCAGCCAAAUAUGGGAAAGGAGAUGGCCGCAUCUGGUUUGAUAAUGUCCACUGCACAGGAAAGGAGAAGACCUUGGCGCAGUGCGAGUCCAAUGGCAUUGGAGUAUCUGACUGCAAACACUCAGAAGACGUAGGGGUGGUGUGCAGCGACAAAAGGAUCCCAGGAUUCAGGUUCCUGAGUCCCCUCAACAACAACGUUGAUAGUUUGAACAUCCAGGUGGAGGACGUGCGCAUUCGGCCGAUCCUGGCGUCCUACCGGAAGCGAAUCCCAGUGACGGAGGGCUAUGUGGAGGUGAAGGAUGGUGGGAAAUGGAAGCAGAUUUGCGAUGAGGAGUGGAGCCCAAUGAACACCAGGGUGAUCUGCGGCAUGUUCGGCUUCCCCGGAGAGAAGAGAUACAACGCACGUGUCUACAAAAUGUUUGCCCGCAGGAGAACGCCGUCCUACUGGGAUUACUUGGUGAACUGCACUGGAAACGAGGCCCAUUUGUCAAGCUGUAAGCUGGGUCACUCUCUCAUGGCCAAGGGUAACAGCUCGUGUGGUCAGGGCAUCCCCGUGGUGGUCAGCUGCGUCGCUGGCAGGGCCUUCGCUCCUACCCCCAUGGCUGGCUACAGGAAGGCCUUCAGACAGGAGCAGCCCCUGGUGCGUCUGAGGGGCGGGGGGGUGGUGGGCGAGGGCCGGGUGGAGGUGCUGAAGAACGGGGAGUGGGGCACCAUUUGUGAUGAUCACUGGAACCUGGUGUCAGCCACUGUGGUCUGCAGGGAGCUCGGCUUCGGGACGGCCAAAGAAGCCCUUUCUGGUGGUCAGCUGGGACAAGGAAUGGGCCCAGUCCACAUGAAUGAGGUGCAGUGCUCUGGCUUUGAGAAGUCUGUCACUGAGUGCCAGUUUAACAUGGAUAAGGACUCAGAGGGAUGCAGUCACGAAGAGGAUGCGGGUGUCAGGUGUAACGUUCCCGCCAUGGGCUUCCAACAAAGACUGCGUCUAAGCGGUGGCCGUAAUCCGUUCGAGGGCCGUGUGGAGGUGCUGGUGGAGAGGAAUGGCUCUCUGGUUUGGGGUACGGUGUGCAGUGAGGGCUGGGGCACCAUGGAGGCGAUGGUGGUGUGCAGACAGCUUGGCCUGGGUUUUGCCAGCAAUGCCUUCCAGGAGACAUGGUACUGGCCUGGUGCAGUGAGCGCUGAUGCAGUAGUGAUGAGUGGAGUCCGUUGUGCUGGAACUGAAAUGUCUCUGUCCCACUGCCUCCAUCACGGUGAUCACCUCAGCUGCCCUAAAGGAGGAGCGCGACACGCCGCCGGAGUCUCCUGCUCUGAGACCGCCCCAGACCUGGUGCUGAACCCUCAGGUGGUGGAACAGACCACGUAUAUAGAGGAUCGGCCCAUGUUCAUGCUGCAGUGUGCCUACGAGGAGAACUGCCUGGCGUCCACCUCCAGCUCCACCCCGGCCAACUCUUACCGCCGCCUGCUGCGCUUCUCCUCGCAGAUCCACAACAAUGGCCAGUCUGACUUCAGGCCCAAAGCCUCCAGAGACUCCUGGGUCUGGCACGACUGCCACAGACAUUACCACAGCAUGGAAAUCUUCACUCAUUAUGACCUGCUCAGCUUAAACGGCUCAAAAGUAGCAGAAGGACACAAAGCCAGCUUCUGUCUGGAGGACUCUGAGUGUGAUGAAGGGAUUGAAAAGAAAUACGAGUGUGCCAACUUCGGCGAGCAGGGCAUAACGGUGGGCUGCUGGGACACGUACAGACACGACAUCGACUGUCAGUGGGUGGACAUCACUGACGUAAAGCCUGGAGAUUAUACAUUCCAGAUUGUCAUUAACCCCAACUACGAGGUAGCCGAGUCAGAUUAUACCAACAACGUUGUGAAAUGCAAGAGUCGAUAUGAUGGUCAUCGUAUAUGGAUGUACAACUGCCAUAUAGGAGGAUCGAUCGGUGGCGAAACAGAGGAAACAUUCCCUGGCCUGCUGAAUAACCAGGUGACCCACAGGUAAGAGACGGGGGCUUUCAUGAGGCAGCAGAGAUGCCAUCAAUCCCAACCACUAUGACUCCACAGAGCACUCAGCAUCAACACACCAGCAUCAAAACCUGCAGUACCACAAAUGCAAUCGGCUCAGGAUGCCUCAAAAACCCACCUCAACAAGAAUGGCUGAAGAACCCCCCCAAAACUGACCCAAUGCAAUUGGAUAACGAUGCUCCAGAAGCAACCUCAACAUGACUGUCCAGAAUUAACAAACUUUUGUUGGCUCCACAGCAACCUCCAUCAGUUAGUGAAUUAUAUUUGUCUAGUUCUUACUGAAGAACUUGCGGUACAUCUUGGCUUCUAUUGCCAACAUUUGAGAGACAGGUUUGCUUGAUGAUGAACCCCUAAACUCGAUCAACUAAGACCUUUACCAGCUCAUCUGCCGCCACUGUUGGAGAUGCAACUGCAGGUUUUUUAAGGGAAUUCUGAUGCACUUUUUUGUAGCCUAAAGGGACUCAGUGUUCAUUCUGCGAGUGCAGAGAAUUGAGAGGAUUUCUGAAAAUUCAUCUAUUGGGAGCACUAUCUGGAAUCUAUAUUAAGAAAGAAUUUGCUGAGCAUAUAUUGCGAAGUACUACAGUAACAAGACUCAUGCCUUGCCAGUAAAUAUUAUUUCAAUGUCUUAUGGUUCCAUUUCAACACAGUAUUGGGGCUGGUUGCACCAACAUGGCAAACAACACAAUCCAAUGGCCAGUGGUUCUAAUUGUAAACGGUUGUAACUUUCUUUGCCUAAAUGUUAGACGCUUGCACUAAUGGGCAAUUGAAAUUAAUUUUCACUGAAACUGGGCAUGAAAUAUACAUCAUAUACAUUUCUAUAGUAACCAGUUUAAACCUAAGCUCAUUAUUCGGAAUGGCUCGCAUGGUCAGAGUGCUUAGAGUGAGCAGGCUUUUACAUGAGAGGGUAAUUAGCAGUUGAAGCAGUUGGGUAUCUAUAAUGAAACAGAGCUAAUUGAGAAAGAAUUUGACUGGGUUUCCAUCCACUAUUUUAUGCAUAUUUUGGCAUAUUGAAUGAAAAAAAACCUGCAUAAGUUUGUCCGCUAGCUUGAUGUGGGUAUAUUUUUGUCAAUAAAAAUGAAAUGGUAUAAAUUACAAUGGAACUGCUUUUGCUAAAUAAAUAACGUAAUGCUCUGUAUUUCUCAGAAGAAUUUAUACAGACAUAACAUUGACAUUUUUUGGUUCCAUAGCUGGUAGCAACCAGUAAUAGGUACACAAAUAGCAACAAGCCAGAAUGUGUCCCAACUGUUUUACAUAGACUUGCACCAGCAAGAGCGAUCCUGUUGAAUCUUAUUAGCCGCAACUGCAACAGGCAUACAGUCCUUUCUGAAAAUCAGUCAGCACCUGAUUUUUUCAAGACCUGUUGGUGAAACCAGCCCCUGUUGCAGUAGAGAAAUAAGGACUUGGAAUCUGGAACUGACCGCAGCUUAUCUAACCUGCGUAUCUCUAUGAAAUGAAGUAUAUGAGCAAAGAGAAAUACAUGUACCUUUGAGAAUAGACACAUAUAGAUGGGUGACAUAUUAAAGGAAGAUAGGAAUAAAUGAGUGGAGAAAGCGCAAAUGUUUCCAGACACGUGUAGUGCAUGACCCAGGUCAACUCGAGGAGCUUCAUACAUGAAGGCUGCUCAACUGGCUGUUGUUUUCAUAGUGACUAAAGUGACCUCUGCAUUUAGAUCUACAGACAAUACAUCAGCUGGAAAUUGCACAUCCAGUGAUCCAGCGAAUGUGGUGCUUGUGCAUUAGUGCAAUACGUAAGAGCAGCUGUUAUCUAGCAAGAUCGCCAGUGCAGGACGUGAUCAGACUCAGCCAGAACAGUCUGUCCACAAACACUUAGAGAGGGACAUUAUAGUGGACUGGAGAUAUGUGGAAAACAGUGAUUGGGUUAGAUGAGCCAUCCAUGUUCUCCACAAGUGGGAGAGUGCAUGUGCAGCAUACACCAAUGAACACUCCAGGCCUGAAUGCUUGACCCCUACCUUGAGGUUGUCUGAUAGCUUUGUUAUGCUGUUGACUGGGUCCACUUGUCCCCUUAGAGGGAAGGCCAUUGCAAGUCAUUACCAAUUUAUCUUCUGUAUACUUUGAUGAACCGUUUCUAUUGUGGUCUCUUCCAGUAUUACAAUGUGCCAGUCCACUGGGCCUGAAUGGUUUGAUGAGAAUGAACAUGAUGUAACUCAUAUGCUAUGACCUUCACAGUCACCAGAUCUUCACCCAGUUGAACACCUUUGGGAGGCGUUAGCCCGCAUUCUCCGCCACCAUCAUCAUGACCAUCAAACCACAAACGUACUUGUUGCUUUUUCCUUUAAUUCGUCACCUGUCUGUCCAUUUGACAUACAAUCUGUCUUCCUACAAUCAUUCUCUUUGAACUGGACCCUGAGUGCUUUCAAGAGAACAAACUGGACGCUGCCAUCAAAACAUUCCUCUAGCUGAAAAUAUCCAGUCCUAUAAUCUAUCUGGUUUUUGUUUCCUUUCAUUUCUUUGUUACUUUAUUUCUUUUUGGUGUUAAUCUGCCUAUGACAACUGUAUUAACAGCUAAUAUACACUUUCUGCUUACUGCAUUUAAGGUCAUACCAUGGAUUUGAAUUUGCGAAAACGAUCAUAGCUUCAAUUAGUAACUUAUUUUAAGUCAGGGACUUGAACAACAACUGUGUCUACUUCUUUUUUCCUUCUUAUUUUGGAUCAGAAUGUCUUUUUACGAUGUUGAUUCUGUUCCAAUGGUGCUAUCAAAGAUAUAUCCUCUGUUUUUAGAGGGUACAUAUCAUGAUGUGACUGAUUUACAUUAUGCUUACUUGAAUGGAGCGUAAAAUUCCAUACUGUGUGUUUUUUUGAAUAUUGUUAAGCAGUAAAUAAACGUAAGCAUUCAGCAACAAGAA